UGGGCAGUGGCGGAUCCGGUUUGGUUCAGGGCGGGUGUGGCGGGGCUGCGAGGGUGAAUGUGGGGAGCCCGGCGGCGGCAGCAUGGUGGCCCCCGAGAAGGAGCAGAGCUGGGUCCCCAAGAUCUUCAGGAAGAAGAUCUGCACGACGUUCAUAGUGGACCUCUCGGACCCAGGAGGGACCCUGUGCCAGUGUGGGCGCCUCCGGGGUGCACACCCCUCGGUGGCUGUGGAGGAUGCAUUUGGUGCCGCUGUGGUGACCGUGUGGAACAGUGAUGCGCACACCACGGAGAAGCCCACUGAUGCCUUCGGGGAGCUGGAGUUCCUGGGCGCUGGCCGAAGGCCCAGCAAUUUCCUCCGGCUGUCUGACCGCACGGAUCCAGCAACUAUUUAUAGUCUGGUCACCCGAACAUGGGGCUUUCGAGCCCCAAACCUGGUGGUGUCAGUCCUGGGGGGUUCGGGGGGCCCCAUCCUCCAGACCUGGCUGCAGGACCUGCUCCGACGUGGGCUAGUGCGGGCCGCCCAGAGCACAGGGGCCUGGAUUGUCACCGGGGGGCUGCACACCGGCAUCGGCAGGCACGUGGGUGUGGCAGUUCGGGACCAUCAGACAGCCAGCACUGGGGGCAGCAAGGUGGUGGCCAUGGGUGUGGCACCCUGGGGCGUGGUCCGGAACAGAGACACCCUCACCAACCCCAAGGGCUCCUUUCCUGCAAAGUACCAGUGGCGCGGAGACCCUGAGGAUGGGGUCGAAUUUCACCUGGACUACAAUUAUUCGGCCUUCUUCCUGGUGGACGAUGGCACCCACGGCCGUGUGGGCGGCGAGGACCGAUUCCGCCUGCGCUUCGAGUCCUACGUGUCGCAGCAGAAGACAGGCGUGGGUGGGACUGGAAUUGACAUCCCUGUCCUCCUCCUCCUGAUCGAUGGUGAUGAGAGGAUGCUGAAGCGGAUAGAGGAUGCCACACAGGUCCAGCUCCCCUGCCUCCUGGUAGCUGGCUCUGGGGGUGCUGCUGACUGCCUGGUGGAGACACUGGAAGACUCUCUGGCCACAGGAAGUGGAGGCACCAGGCGGGGUGAAGCCCGAGAUCGGAUCAGGCGUUUCUUCCCCAAAGGGGACCCCGAGGUCCUGCAGGCCCAGGUGGACAGGAUCAUGACCCGGAAGGAGUUGCUGACUGUCUACUCGUCGGAGGACGGCUCCGAGGAGUUCGAGACCAUUGUCUUGAAGGCCCUCGUGAAUGCCUGUAGGAGCUCCGAGGCCUCGGCCUACCUGGAUGAGCUGCGUUUGGCUGUGGCCUGGAACCGCGUGGACAUCGCCCAGAGUGAACUCUUCCGAGGAGACAUCCAAUGGCGGUCCUUCCACCUGGAGGCGUCCCUCAUGGACGCCCUGCUGAACGACCGGCCCGAGUUCGUGCGCCUGCUCAUCUCCCACGGCCUCAGCCUGGGCCACUUCCUGACGCCCGCGCGCCUGGCCCAGCUCUACGGCGCGGCGCCCGCGCACUCGCUCAUCCGCUCGCUCCUGGACCAGGCGGCCCACGGGGCAGCCACCAAAGCCCCGGGGCCCAAAGGUGGCGCUGAGGAGUGCCGGCCGCCUCAGGUGGGACAAGUACUGAGGACGCUGCUGGGGGAGACGUGCGCGCCGAAGUACCCCGCCGCCAACGCCCGGGACUCGCGCGCCAGCAAGGGAUGCAUGGACAGCGUUUGUCUGCUCUCAGAUUGGGCCACCUCAGAACCCGCUCUGGAAGCCAGUUUUGGACAGGCGCCCUGGGGCGAUCUGCUCUUGUGGGCGCUGCUGCUCAACAGAACCCAGAUGGCCAUAUACUUCUGGGAGAUGGGCUCCAACGCGGUGUCCUCUGCUCUUGGGGCCUGUCUGCUGCUCCGCGUGAUGGCCCGCCAGGAAACGGAGGCUGAGGAGGCGGCCCGGAGGAAGGAGCUGGCGGCCAAGUUUGAGAGCAUGGGUGUUGACCUCUUCGGGGAGUGCUACCGCAGCAGCGAGCAAAGGGCCUCCCGCCUGCUCCUCCGUCGCUGCCCCCUCUGGGGCGACGCCACCUGCCUGCAGCUCGCCAUGCAGGCUGAUGCGCGCGCCUUCUUUGCCCAGGAUGGGGUGCAGGUGAGCAGUGACCCUGCGUCUCCUGACCCCAGGUUGACCCCGGGUCUGUAUGACUUGGGCCGGACGGUGCUUUGCCUCGACUUCAUGAUCUUCACUCUGCGGCUGCUGCACAUUUUCACUGUGAACAAGCAGUUGGGGCCCAAGAUUGUCAUCGUGAGCAAGAUGAUGAAGGAUGUUUUCUUCUUCCUCUUCUUCCUCUGUGUCUGGCUGGUUGCCUACGGUGUGGCCACAGAGGGGCUGCUAAGGCCCCAAGACCGUGAUCUCCCCAAUAUCCUGCGUCGCGUCUUCUACCGGCCCUACCUGCAGAUCUUCGGGCAGAUUCCCCAGGAGGACAUGGAUGUGACCCUCAUGACGCCCAUGAACUGCUCCUCCGAGGAGGGCACCUGGGCUCAGCCUCCGGGGCGCCAGGCGGGCUCCUGCGUCUCCCUGUACGCUAACUGGCUGGUGGUGCUGCUCCUCGUCAUCUUCCUGCUCGUGGCCAACAUCCUGCUGCUCAAUUUGCUCAUUGCCAUGUUCAGCUACACGUUUGGCAAAGUACAGGGCAACAGCGACCUCUAUUGGAAGGCACAACGCUACAGCCUCAUCCGGGAAUUCCACUCUCGGCCUGCUCUAGCCCCGCCCCUCAUCGUCAUCUCCCAUGUGCGACUCCUCAUCAAGCGCCUGUACAGGAACCGCCGCUCCCGCUCCAGCGUACCUUCCUCUCCCACUGCGGAGCACUUUCGUGUCUACCUCUCCAAGGAAGCCGAGCGGACGCUGUUGACGUGGGAGUCUGUGCAGAAGGAGAGCUUCCUGCUGGCCCGCGCGCGAAACAAGCGGGAGAGCGACUCCGAGCGACUUAAGCGCACUUCUCAGAAGGUGGAUACCGCCUUGAAGCAGCUGGGACAGAUACGGGAGUAUGAUCAGCGCCUAAGAGGGCUGGAGCGGGAGGUCCAGCACUGUAGCCGUGUCCUGGACUGGGUGGCUGAGGCCCUGAGCCGCUCGGCCAUGCUACCCCCCGGUGGGCCACCGGCCCCUGUUCGGCCCGGGUCGAAAGACUGAGUGCUGCUGGUCUUCACGGAGUGGUCCCACCCGUGUGCCCACGACCUCGUCCCUGAGCUGGGCCCCAGGCUCCUGGACCUCGGUGUGGACGCCUUGGGGAGUGUCACCCAUGCAAGCUUCAGCAAGCCCGGCUCCUCCUGCCCCAGCCCCGCUCUGGGAGGAUCAGGCUGUGCCGCCGCCGAGCUGCUAGCCCUUGAAGGGACCUGCCCCAGUGGGGGGACACAGGAGGGUCGUUGGGGCUACAGGGACCACUGACUUUAUUCCCAGCUUCCCCACACUGGGGACAUAAAGCCUUUGAGAUCAGU